AUGCUGUAGAGAAACCUUUCAAAAAUACUGAGUGCUGAAAAGCCUUUACUCAGAUUUCAACCCUCACUACACAUUAGCCUUACGAUUGGAUAAUCCAUGCUAGACAGAAACCAUAGAAAUGUAAUGAAUGUCUCAAAGUCUUUAGUCAGAAUUCAUACCUUAAUAUCCACUAAAGAAUUUAUACUGGAGAGAAAUCUUUCAAAUAUAAUGUGUGGCAUAUCCUUCAGUUUACUUUCAAUCCUACCUUACCAUCAGGUAAUCCAUACUGGUGAGAGACCAGGCCUUUCGAGAAGAAAUUCAUUCACUAAAGAAUUCAUUCUGGAGACUACCUCACAAAUGCCAUGCAUUGGAAAAACCUUUACUCAGGGCUCACAUCUCACCAAUCAUCAGAUAAUCUAUACUGGACAGGACAUUACAGAUGUAAUGAAUGUGUCAAAGCUUUUGCGUUGUGCCUUAAAAAGUGAGUAUUGCAAGGUUUCAGAUUAUUGCUCAUUCAUCACUAGAUAUCAAAAUACUUAUCCUGGAGGGAAACCACACAAAUGUAAUGUGUGUGGCAAGAAAUGUUGUAAAGAUUUUCAUUGGUGUAAUGAUAUGGAAAUAUUUUGA